AUGGUCAAGGGUGUUGAGACAGCCAUGAAAUUCCGAAAAUUGAAUCAGAUUGUCAACAUGACAGCUGACAAGCUCAAAGACUGGCUUAAACACAUGCAAGAGCAAUCUGAAGAUUCUGGAUGGCAAGAUGAGUCAGGCGAAACAGUUGGACAUGAAAGGCAUUUCCCAUCAGCAUCUAGUAUUGGAAGCCAAGGUGGAUCUGGCUCUGAGUGUGGUGAUAGGACUGAUUCAUUAUUCGGUGGACGGAGCAUAGUUGACAUUUUAUCUCAUAAUCUGAAAAAGGAAUCCAGCUCAGUACAGAGAAGCGGAUAUUGA